UGUGGUACAUUUACGGCGCCUCGUACUUGCAGUGAUAGAGCUAAACCAUGAGGUAAACAAGCAAACUGCGUGACUUUCUGCUCCUAAAAGUAGGAAUAUCAUUUAGCGAGUGACAAUGCUGCUCCAGAAUCGAGCUGUGAUUGCCCUUGGUCUUCGCAUGUGCUCCACAAAUGUGCUGAAAGGACCUUUGAUGGACACAGCAAGACCCAACUCAGAGAUGUCUGAAUUCCGCAAGGUUUUUUCCAAAGCCAAGCACAUAGCAAUCAUCACAGGGGCAGGUGUGAGUGCAGAGAGUGGAGUACCAACCUUCAGGGGAGAACAUGAGAAGUGGAGGAAGUGGCAAUCUCAGGACCUGGCGACCCCAGAGGCCUUCUCUCGAACACCGUCCCGGGUCUGGGAGUUUUACCAUUACAGGAGAGAGCUGGCUUUGAACAGGAAGCCCAGUGCUGCCCAUCUGGCUAUAGCCGAGUGUGAGGCCCGGCUGAAGAAGCAGGGGCGCUCGGUGGUGGUCAUCACCCAGUGCACCGACGACCUGCACCGACAGGCCGGGUCCAAACAUGUGCUCAAGAUUCAUGGCAGUCUUAUGGAGACGCGCUGUGUGAGUUGUGGACACGUGACUGUCAACAAGCGGAGCCCCAUAUGUGCUGCCCUAAAGGACAAAGGCGCACCUGACGCAGAUGUUGCUGAUGCCCAGAUUCCUGUGGAUAAACUACCAAGGUGUGGCGAAAGAGACUGCCGCGGUCUUCUGAGACCCAACGUGGUGUUUUUCGGAGAAACCAUGGACUCUCAUAUCCUGACCAAGGUGGAAGAACAGAUGGAAACCUGUGAUCUCUGUCUGGUGGUGGGCACAUCUUCCAUUGUUUACCCAGCAGCCAUGUUUGGGCCCCAGAUUGCAUCAAGGGGUGUCCCAGUGGCAGAAUUUAACACCAAUACAACUCCAAAAACUGAGUACUUCACGUUCCACUUCCAGGGUCCAUGUGGAACAACGCUUCCCCAGGCUUUGGCGCAACAUGAGUCGGAGGGUAUUUAAGUUUGUAAAAAUGAUUACUUUACAAACAGUAACCAGCGGCUUCUUCUACAUACUAAUGCAAUAAAAGGCUCGGUGGGUGGUGCAUAACAUUAUUUUAUUCAAAUGUUUGCCCUAAAAUAAGUUGUUUAUGCUUGGUAGAUGGAGGGUUAAGCUUAGAAUUUAGCUUGUUUAAACUUGGAGAUGGAUAUCUUAAUACUUGAAUAUAGCUGGAUAAACUGGAAAUGGGGUUUUGUAUGUUUUACAUAUUUGCUGCUUUGAGUUAGACAGGAGCUAUGCAGCUUGGUAUACCAUAGGGAAUGCACUAUGUCUAGUUAUUUGCAUUGGACAUUGUAUCCUGAGAUAUUAGAGGGUAUUACUAUUCCUAUAUAAUGUUGCGUAUAAGAUGCUGGUGAGGAAUUGUCCUAUUUUGCUGUUUAUCAAAACAAAUGACUUCUGAUGCAACCUAAGUAACCUAAUCUUGUGCCUUUCAAAACUGUUUACACAACCUUGACCAAAGGCUGGCUUUAAACCUUAAGUGCAAAUCAGCCAAUGUUACAGUUCCAGAGUUUGCUUUGACCGAGGACAGAGAAGGUAGAGAGGGGGAAAUGUUCUCUGUUCAAUCCUAGCCUGAUGCCGCAUAAACUCCUUCUCAUGCUGUUUGAAUGUUUUGUAGGAAAUCAAUAGGUACAUGUCAUGGGUUAUUCAAAAUAGAUAUUUACAAAUUUUUGUGUUGUUUUUUUUUUCAAAUAUAUGUUUAACUGUAGAUGGAAAUUAUAUAAAAAUGAAAGCAAUCACUUAUUUGAUAACCCUAACCCUGCCUUUAAACAUCACGCACAAUUCCUUGAUGUUGAUGAAAACUUCCAAUGCAAUAAUAGAGAAUGUUAUUAUUAAAACACUAAAUGUA